AUGCUAGACAGAAAAUUAGUUUUCAAUUCCUAUUAUAUGGGAAGUUGGCAGUACGAAGAGCGGCCGGAUGCUUUAUUUCCUUUCGAGAAGAAGCGCAUUUACACCGUCGAAAUUAUUGCUGGCAGUCAUGACACCGCCCUCAUAUACGUCAACGGACAAUUUCUCUACGAGUUUCACCAACGCCAGGCUGCAGCCUCUGUGUCAACAGUCGAAGUCGGAGGAGACAUUGGAAUCCAUUCCAUACAUGUCAGAUAA